AUGCAGCUUUGUUUCGACUUUCUCUUCUUCCUCAUCAGAAGGUCACAUGAUUAUAUGCACUAUAUGUGCAACAAGAAGUACAAAGUUAAUUCUACAGUUACAAUAUUACACGGGUGUCCACCUUUGUUGUUUGUCGUCGAUGCCCUUGAUGAAUGCAUAUUGGAACACGAGCUUGCUGAUCUCAUUCUUUCCCUCACAUGGGCUCUUCAUGACCCAGAUCUACCCGUGAUCCACGUUCUGCUCACAAGUCGCUUGGAAUCACAUAUUAGCAAAGUCUUCAAUUUCUUGAAGGAACUUGGGCCAGGCUGCUCACAAGUCACUUGGAAUCCCAUAUCUCUAAAGCCUUUCAGAAGGAAGAGGUGUUUCAUUGUGGCAUCUACGUCUAUGAUGAUGAAGUUCAUUAUCGAUGAUGAAGACAAUGAUCCCCAUGAUCGGUUACAGCUGAUGCUCCAACUCACGAGCUCACUGCUACCAGGAACAGAGGCUUACAUGCACUUGUCCAUUGUUGCCGCUCUUGCAGACCCUCUUCCCAUCUCGCAAAUCUCGUCACUUCUUGGCCCUGGUUUGGGCAGGGAUGUGCAGACAAUGCUGAUACAGCUAUGGUCUGUCAUGGAUAUCCCUACAGACAGCACUCACCCUGUGAAUAUCUAUCACUCAUCCGUUCACAACUACAUUUUCGACCCCUCCAACUGCAGCCUCCCUCAACACAGGAUGUCAAGCAGCUUAGGCUGCAAUGAGGCUGACUCUGACUGCUGA